CUCCAGGGUGCACCUCUGCAACGGCUAGUGUUUCAGCUGGGAAGAAAAGUGGUCUUGAAUUUAUGGCUCUGCGUCAGUUUCAGUGUGACAUGGCAAUUCUGGACACUGAUUCAGUUGUCUCUUUCUCUCUCAGAGAAGUUUCAUUCUCAAAAUCUGAAGACAUGGCAGGGAACCCAGCUAUCAUUAUGCAGGCUGUAUGCAGAGAUGGCUGAGAUUUGACCACAGUCACACACAGACUUUUGUGAAACCCUGAGACCUCGAGUUUGAACUACAACAGUGUGAUUGUAAAACAACCAAAAACCAGAGUGUCUUCAGCAAGCGGAGAUGCUGUGAAUCGGCCUAUUCACACUGACCUCUUGCUCCGAUGUUCCGUGGAAUGUGUUUCCUGACUCCCUUCGCUAAUAUCUCUGGAGUGUGUUUCGUGGGAGUAUCGUUGUUGUUAUUAUUAAAUGCGGUCUGCACGAUCUCGGCCCCGAUGCCAGCAUGUAGCUAGAGGGAAUCACUCUGCUCUUUGAAGUGCAAUGCAUCUGAAGUGCAGCCAGGAGUCAGUGCCACGAGAUCACUGGGGUCCCUGAGGGCUGAUUACCAUAACUUCUGUCAGACAAUUCAAUGAAACUACACCAUACAUAAGGGACUGCAGUAGCCGCAAGACACGGGUCAGUGAUAGCCUCGGUGACGGCUCAGUACAGUUGGCUGAUACAGCCUAUGAACCUGGACCAAAGUGGCAUGGAGGCUGCUUUGUAACCCACGUUUGGAUUCAGGGGGAACUACACUUCCAAGAAUACACAUAUUUUCCUGCCACUGAGGAAAAUAUUUAUAGUACACUUCAAGUGUGUAAAGAUUACUAUGCAAAUUUCAAUUUUAUGUUGAAGUAUUCAGAAAAUAUACCCCUUACCCAUAGGUAAUAUUUGCACAAUAGUAAGUGAAAGGGAAUGGUGGAUUGUGGGAUAUUAGGUCCUACCACUGUGGAUCUACGCACCAGUGCCAGUACCAAAACCUAAAGCAGAGUCUUUAGUAUCUGUUUGAAAUUAUAUCUCAGUACAGCUACAAGUUAGUAGUUAGUAGAAACUGCUCAGUUGACUCGUGUUAACUACCUAGCUCUCAGCCAAUCACUGUUUUACCACAACUAACUGGUGUAAAUUAAAUUAAAUUAAUAUGCUUAGGUACCUGCUACCAUUAUAUCAUAUAACAUAAGAAAGGCAGGAUUCAUGAUUUUAACUUUUUGUCACUAACUAUAAAAUGCAAAUUAUUGGAAUUGUAGUUCCGCUAUGCAUUCACGGACAGCAAUAUGAGAAACACACAUACACACACUUACAGUUAAUCAACAACGAUUCUCUUUGUGCAUGUCAGGGAGUUGGAAUUGAUCAAUGGUGUAGUGUUCUCCUCUGCACUGGUUAGCUGGCUAGGCAACAAAGUGUAUCUUUGUUAGCAGUAACAAACACUGCCGUAUAAGUGUCCAUACUACCUCACCAAGACCUCUCCUUCUCCUUCUCUUCCUCUCUCUCUCUCACCCUCUCUCACUGUCUGUCUCUGUCUCUCACUCUCUCUUUAUAUUUCUCUCUCUCUCACACACACACAUACACACAUUCAUGACACUGAACAGACUGCAUAGUUGAUAUGUUUUUUCCCUGCGUAGUCUUCAUUAUUCAUGUCCAUGUGCACAUUCAAUGGCAAACUCACAUGCAAAAGUGUUCCUCUGUUAGCAAUGAUUAACUCGGCUCUUUAAACUUCCUCACUGUCAUCUUCUUCAUCUUCGUCUCCCUCACACACACACCCGUUAACAAACUCUCGCCCUCACACACAUACACAUUGAUAUAUUCUGACAGACUGCAUGGUACACAGCUCUAUAUAUAGCCCUCUUAACAUAUUCACAUGCACAUGGAAAGGCACGCUCAAACAUGAUAUAUCCAGCCACAACCGUAUCCAUUAUUAACCAAAUGUCAUUAUGGAUAUUUGGUGGCUUUGUAUGAAGACAUACAGACAACAAGGUAGCUAGUAGCUACCUAUAACAACGUUUCUUUAUCAUGUUUAAAACACAUACACUUACAUAGGCCAGUGGAGAGAGUACGGACAUUAGGUUUGUAUAUACAAAACCAGGUACAAUAACGGCUGUUACUCACAGUAAAUAUGCAAAGUAUAGUUACUGAAGUCAAAGACAAAACUGUAUAACGCACACCAGUGCAUUCAUUUAUAGUAUGAACAUAGACUAAAAGACAAACAUAUCUGGAUGAGCACACGCACACACUCACACACACACACACACACACACACACACACACUCCAGCUCUCACUGCAUCUGCGCAAUGUGACACCUGACUCCAGGUAAUGCCCCAGUUCCACAGUAACAGCAGGCAAGUGGAACGGCCCCACACACAGUCUAGCAUACCUUUAAACACACAAAUACAAACACGGCACGCGCACAUCUAAACUCCGCACCCUCACCUGCAUCUAAACUGCAACAAGGUAAGCUUGGAUUCUCAUUCACAACAGGCAUAUCAAUUUAACAUUUCUCAAACAUCUUCAUUUGCAAAAUGAAUAGGUCAGGAAAGCAGUACCAUAUACAAUUAUCCACUGUUUAUUAAACUAUUAAUAUGUACUUAUGAACUAAUCAAACUAGAAGUCAUGCCAUUUAGCUGGUAAUGCCAGCGAGCUUAGCUAGAAAAUGCGUAAACUUUAAUAGCAAUGUUUGGCUAGUGUGACAGGGAACAUGGUGUUGACAUGGUUUCAGUGAUGCUGACGGUGCGAGCUUGUGGAAAAUGUAACCCUGAUCACAUGAGCUGGUUCUCCACCCACAUCCACCCCAGCGUCCUCUACCUUUCCCUAGACCUCUCACGUUCACGCUGUUUCUUUCAUCACUGUCUCUUAACUGUCAUUCAUUCUCACACGCGGUGCCGUGUGACUGGGAGUCUCACAGAGGGCAGAACCGUUACUGGGGUUUGCUGUGCAAUGCAGGAUUGCUUGUUGUAGAAUGACAGGGAGAAGGUCUAUGAGUGGCGUGAGUGCUGUGGUUUUACAUUCAUCGUGUUUCAUGUCCAUUGUAUGGGGAUGUAGAGUAAAGUUGUGCUGUUCGAUACGUGUGCCCCUGAACAUGUUGUUGGCACUGUACAUUGGAAUUACAUUUACAUUUGCCUGCAUGCAGACAUUGGCCAGCAUAUCGACAUCCUGCCAUUCUCACUGAUGUGUACUUUGCUUGUCCUGGAGACGUGAGGGAGGCAGUACAUGGUAAAAGACGCAAUUAUCCCACCUCAGUGGCACAGCAGGUUUACUCUUAUUCAUGCCCAUGCGUACAGUCGUGUGUGGUCAUCUCUACAUCGUAGAUGAACUGUUGUGCGCUGUAGGUGGGAUUGUCUAAAUGCUGAUCCAGGGCUAAGUGUGGACUCUCCUCAUAUUGCUUGAAGUGGAAACCUGACCCACGAUCAGCACUUAGAGCGACAUUUCUAACCCAUCCAUCUCUCAUCCAUGUCUCCAUCUCCCUUCUUGUAGACUCUCAAUGAAAACGUUUGGCCCGUGGUUUGCUGCCUCUAGAUACCAUGUGUAGACGCCUAACCGUAAGAUAACCUGUUGAGAUACUUUGUGUUAUUUUUUUUUUUGUGUGUGUCUUGUUGUAUUUCUCCAAAGCCACUGAGGAUCAGCAUCGGGACACGUGACAAAAUAUAGCAAAACAAGAACAGACAGGAAACACAAGGUGCAGAAGAGCAAGUCAAUGUUUCCUAAGGUUUUACUGAAGUGGUGUGCAGCCUUGUCGAGCUGUGCAGCUGAAUUAGAAAGGAGACGACAGGGCAAAUUCCAACCUUUCCGACGUCUCUUUGGCAAGAAGAAGAAGAGGGAGGGGCCUUCUGAGAAGGGCUUUGACGAAUCCAAACUCAAGCCCAGUCACUCUGUGGGGGAUGUUUGCAAUGGGGUGGUCUCAGAUGAUGAAGAAGCAAACCAGCAUCUGAGUGAAGUGAAUCCCUUGGGGUCUCGAGCUUUGUCACAUGACAGUAUCUUCAUCCCUGAGGACUCAGCUGAGAAGCCCAGCGCAGAGCACAGCAUGUCUCAGGAGAAUGUGUCGGAUAAGGUCCGCAGCCUGCAGAGGCAGAUAGCUCAAGGUAUAAAGUUUGGCCAGAAACCUCCAUCGAGGAAGAGUGAGGGUGAUGAAGGCAGUUCAGAUGAAGAAGAGGUCCCCGGAAGUCCUCUGAAGGUGAUGGCACAGGUGGAAACUGAGCCUGCUGAUGUUGAAACCAAGGCUGCCGCACAUGGAACACCUGGGAAGUCGCCUCGUUCCAAGCGCGUUCUCCCGCCAGAGGGCACAAUCGAAUCGAUCAAUCUGGACGCCGUUCCCCAGUCCGGCCCUCGACUGGAUAACGCAGCAGCGAAACACAAACUCUCAGUCAAGCCGAAAAACCAGAGAGUGUCCAGAAAGCACCGCAGGUUCACUCAGGAACUUCAAGAUGUGGACCUCCCAGGCCUCUUGCAGGAGGAAACAGAUGCACAGGGGGCUGCAGAGGAGUCCGGUGGGCCUCCAGAGCACUCUAAGAAGCAGAGGCUCCAGGAAGAUGAGCAAGACCAGCUGAAACACAGGCUAAAGAGGGAGCACGAAGAAGGAAGACAGAGAGAAGAAGAAAGGAAGAAGGCAGAGGAGUUGAGGUUAGUGGAGGAGAGACACCUCAUGCUAGAGGAGGAGCGGAGGCAAAGGGAGGAGGAGGAGAGACGGAAGAGAGAACAGGAGGAAAGGAUGAAAAGAGAGGAGGAAGAAAGGGUUAGAAGAGAGCUGGAGGAGAAGAGGAGAAAGGAGGAGGAAGAACGGCAAGAAAGGAAGAUGAGAGAAGAAGAAGAACGAAAAAGAAGGGAGGACGAGAGAAAGAGGGAAGAGGAGGAAAGGAGGCGUCAUGAAGGUGAGCGCCUGCGCCUGGAAGAGGAGAAGAAAAUCAGAGAAGCAGAGGAGGCAGUGAGAAAAGAAAAGGAGGCUGAAAAACGAAGACUACGGGAACUAGAGGAGAAACAAAGGAGAGAGGAGGAGGAACGACUCCGUGAGGAAGAGAGAAAACAAUUAGCUGAAGAGGAGGAAAGGAUGAAGGAGGAGGAGGAGGAAGAGAAGAACAGACAGCAGGAAGAACGGGAGAGAGCGUCUGUGGCGGGAGAGGAGUGGAAGAGGAAGGCAGAGGAAAUGCGAUGGAAAGAGAUGGAAGAGCGACAGCCCUUCACCUUCAAAGUCUCCUCCGGGGAGAAGCAGAUCCUUUUCCAGAAGGUCAAUCUGACGCCGGUUACUCCAGGCUCGGGCCAGCAGGCAGCCUCUUCUUCUGAAACAGGAGAGGGAGCUAAAGCUUCAUCGUCAGCAGGUGCUGACUCGCCGACUCGCUCCUCAAUAUAUGUGCCCCACACAGCCAUCCUUGUUACCGGUGCCCAGUUGUGUGGGACUGCUGUUAAUUUAGACCAGAUCAAGGACACUGCCUGCAAGUCACUACUGGGCCUGGGGGCACCAACAAAAACCAAGACCUCUCCAGAUCGUAAAUCUGGGAAAACAAAAUCCUUGAAUUUGUCUGCCGCACCAUCAGAUCAAUCCAGCGCCGCUGUGCUAGCAGAAUGGGCAAGCAUCCGAUCCAAGAUCUUUAAAGGUGUAGAGGAGGGGAAAUACGAGGACAAUCAAGAGCCCACACAAAGCCGAAAGGAGAACCAGAGCCGACCCACGAGUGAGGACCUCAACCAAUCACCGUUCCCCCACCCCAACCUUAGAAAGACCCUGUCGGCUAGCGCCAAGUUCUCCAUCACCCCGGCACGGAAGAAGUUCGGAGACUCCAACAGGAACUCCGAGAUACUAUGUCAAGAUGAGAGAGAUGACAGGAGCGUCGAGUCGGUCUCUCCAGAACCCUUCCGACCCGGCCCAUCGCCACCCUCCUCUUCUUCAAAGACCCAAACUCGGGUCACUAAAAGCGUCCGAAUCUCAGACAACUCUGAGGAAUGCAUGUUUGCCAAAGACCUGCCUUCCUUCCUCGUCCCCAGUCCAAAUCAGGGAUCCCCCAUUCCUCAGACGCCAGACACAGACUUCUCGAGCCAGGCGGACUCCGAGGGCUCUGACACCAGGGAGGAGGGUGAUCAGAGGGACUUUGGGGGGGACGAGCAACCCUCACCUUUUGGGAUCAAGUUGAGAAGGACCAAUUACUCUCUCCGCUUCCACAACGAUCAGUCGACGGAGAAAAGGAAGAAGAGAUACAGUGCUGGAGAUUGUUUCGAUGGGGUCCCCGGACCCCUCACCCCAAUGGACCCAGAGUCAGACUCCUCUGUGUUCUCCGAAAGGUCUAGCCCUACAUCCCCUCUCAGAGAGAAUGUUGGUAUCAAGCCCGCAACGUCACCCAGUGUUGAUCCUCAAAUGAAACCCAGCAGAUCUCCGGUACCCUCCGUGCGAAGCGAGAGUGAGCGGUUCAUCUCCAAACCCCCUGUUUAUCAGAAACUCACCACAGCCCUCAAGCCCUCAGAUGGUGCCCCCCCUCCGUCCUCCCUGCUCAUCAAAGUGGGCAGAACGCCCCCUUCUGGUGACACAGGAGACCAGCAGAAAGGAUCGCAACAUUUCCUCUCCGACGAUGAGCGGAGCACCGGAAAGGAUGACGAAGCGUCUACAUCGACCCUCUCGCCUAGAAUCAGCCCCGUGGAGGAGGAAACAAAAGAGAAAAAAUCUUUCUUUCCCUCCAUCAGCAUUCCGUGGAGAGAGAAAACUGACAGGAAAACUGAGCUUAUCAAAAAAGAAAAGCCAUCGCUGCAGAGUAGACACUCUCUGGACAGUUCGAAGGUGCAGGAGAAGGAGGCGGCCGGCCCACUGUGGAUCACCCUGGCUCUCCAGAAACAGAAGGGGUUCAGGGAACAGCAACUGACCAGGGAGGAGCGCAAAACCCAACGGGAAGCCAAGCUGGCAGAGAAACAGUGCCGAGAAAGCGUUGUAGUCAGUCCAACAGGGAGUAAGGGGAAUAGAAACACAGGUCCUCCUAAACCACAGACCCCUGAGGAUGGCAAGAGACCAGAAAGUCUCCUUGGAAGGUUUGAACGUCGUGAGAACCUGAAAAAAGCCAACACCUUGCCCAGCUCUGUCACUGUUGAAAUCGCAGACUCCACUCCGUCCCCGCCUGCAGUGAAGGAGGUGUCCAAGCGCUUCCCUCCUGGGGACUCGCAGCAGGUGUCCACGGAGCCUGCCUGGCUGGCCCUCGCCAAGCGCAAGGCCAAAGCCUGGAGCGACUGCCCGCAGAUCAUCAAGUGACCACCAGCCUCGAACUCUGACCUCUGCCACAAAGCAAAUAAGACCACCACACAAACACACACACUCACCACUUAGGCCCCGUCGCCAUGCACUACUGGUACGAAGGCCUUGUGUUACUUUUGCCACCCUCAUGCUCGCCAAAUAAUGACACAAGCUGAUAACGUCCUGUACCUUUUUCCAGAUGUACAUUCCACCUGGUGAAUGUUCACAGAAGAUCAUGACAGCUCUUGCAUCAUCACUGUGGUCACAGCACUAUUCCCUACAGUUAGCCGGCUUACCAACAACACAGUGUCAUCAGUCAUUGGAAAGUGCCAUCAAAAUUUGUUUCGCGUCUAAAAAAAUUGCAUUAAGGUGGUUGUUCAUUUGCUAGUAUUUGGAGUUCAGCUUUGGUAGAUUCGAUUGUGUGAAGGAAUGUAGAGAAGAUUAGAGACCAGGGUAAAAACGGGGAAUAUCUACUGAAAGGAGAUUCCUUUCGCUGGACACUACAUUCAUUCUACAUUGUUUCAUAGAGGAUCAUAUGUAGACAUAUGUACACCUUCAUGCAGAUGUUUGUCAUUGUUACAGAACUUAAAUCAGUAUCCAGCAGCCAAUCCGCUGCUUGCAAGCCCUGAUGAGCCAAUCAUGUACCCAUUAAUACUUCAAUAGCCAAUCACAGCCCAGCAACUUCACCACACAUACAGUAAUUAGGAUAUCUUCUCAUUUUGUAAAUACACGAGGCAUGUUCACACAUUUCAGACUUUGUUCACAUUCUGUAAAGUUUUACAUCUGUUUAUUAAUAAUGUAGCCUAAUGUAUGUAAUGACAUUAUGGGGGAUUAUUUUGGGAACUGUGUUUUAAGGGCUAACUAUAUCACUUGUAGUGAAAACCUCUUGCAUCAUUCUCUAACUGUGCAACGUGCAUGAAAAUAAAUGCCGGCUACUGUUUUGUAUUGUUUUUUUUAAAUGAACAUUAUUACAUGGCCUUCACCUUUGUAAAUGUGUUGAAUCAAGACAAACAAACAAACAAACAAACAAACAAAAAAACACUUACUACAUCUGACAGCAUUACUAAGUACAAUUCUCACUGUGUCCGUAAAGACUGUGACUGCUGUUAUUGAAGCUCUUGUGAAAUUCACCGUAACGAUGCUAAGUCACCUUGUUAACAUACGUAAAAACUAAAAAAGAGAAUCCGUCUCUCAAUUCAGUCUCCUUGGCACAGUGUCACUGCACUGAAUCACAGCGUUUGAGUACCGAUCCGCUUCUUGCACAGUGUUUAUACCGCCAUGUGACUACGAGCCCUUUCCUUUGGGUUAAAACUGACUGCCUGCUUGUUGUAAUACACACUGUUCUCCCUGUCGCAGAGUGUGCUACCUGUUCCCAUACCAUGCUAACCACCAUGACGAGCAAGCAAGGCCAGAUCGAAGCUAAUGCACCCACCACAGACCCACUAGGGCGGUAUUGGAGAGCAUGACUAUUAAGGUUGAUCAAAACUACUUUGUAGUAAACUACGAGUUAACAGGGUCUUUCACCUCCCCCCCCCCCCGACUUAAUUUAACAUUUUGUAUGUAGGUAUGUAUGUAUGUAUGUAUAGAGUUGGCUCUGAUGAAUACUCCUCAAGAAGCGCAAUUGCUUUGUCCUUUUGUUUUUUUCCCUUUGGUUGUGUGCAAUAGUGUAGUGUAAACAGUGUUUUAUGUAACAUGGAACAAACAACAACAAAAAAACUGGUUUGUUGAUAAUUGCACUUUUUGUUUCACUUAGAGCUACCGAUGCGAUGUCUCCUUAAGUGAUGCAAAUGUUAUGAAUUCUGUAGAGAAAAUUAAAAUAUAAUGUUGAUAUUUGUGUCAGA